AUGCAGUCACAGAAGACGUCUUGGGGGUCCAAACUCAAUGACUUCAAAAUUACUGCCAAAGCCAAGGCCGUACAUACGCAACAACCCAAGGUGGCUGAUAUGUUCGACGAAUUCAGCAAUGCCAUUGAAGCGAUGGCUGAAGGUCUAGACAACAACUCUCCAGAUGAAGACACUGCUUUUGUUGAUGCACCUCCUCAAGAGGCAAUCGACAUUGAAGAGGUUCCUAACGGAGUCCCACGAAAAAUGGAAGCAGGAGAUCUCAGAACCCUGACCAAGGCAAUCAUGGUUGCUUCUAAGUGUACCUUAGAGAGCAACACGAUUCCAAAUGAUCUCCCUGAUCAUAUUGUACAGAGUAUCAAGCGGCAUGAUUCCUGGUACAAGGCUAUCGUCGACCGAGUAUUCGAUACUGUCUUGAAAUACACAACUAGACCCAAAGCACAAUCACCGUUCAGCCCCGAAAUGUCCCGCUGGCUCAAAGACAUUUCGGACCUCGACACACGAGCAUCCCUCUAUGAGUUUUUAUUACACCCAGCCGUAAGGUCUUACCGGUGCCGGGCCGCCAUCGGCCGGGAACCAGUGUCACGGAAACAGGAGAGUCGGCUGUUUAAUCAUCUCGAAUUUUUCCCGGUAACUGAAUGUGGAAGCGCUGUCCCCAACGUGAACGGAACGUAUCUCCUGCAUGGAGUUCGUGCUUCUGAUAAGGAUCCGUCCCUGGACCCAAUCUAUGUUGGGCAAGCAGCUGCCGUAAAGCUAAAUUCAACAGGAGCAGUGGGAGUGAGAAAAAGAGCUAUGCAACACCAUGAUCACAUUUCUCCUGGCGGAGAAAAAUUCCUACAUUUCCAUCAACGUUUAUCAGAACCUGAUAUCGAGAGAGUUGAUGUCACAGUGUUAUCCAUGUUUCCAUACCCGACGCCAGAUAUGGGAGAAGAAGUACUAAGACACUAUACUGCCCUACUUACACUCGUCGAGACCAUUGAUGUUCUCCUGAUCGACUCUUUGUCUACCUCGGGAUUUAGCAAUAUUGCCUCGAUAAACACGAACAAGAUGUUCACGUCACUAAGCCUCAAUGGUAUUAUUAAGGUUGAUUUCGAGAUUAUCGUAUCGCAACUCGAACUUCGAGGGGUCAGGAAGACAAAAGCCGAGGUCUUGAAAGAUUACAGGAUGCUUGCCUCCAAUCCCAAUUCGGGUUUGACUACAUGCAAGACUGUCAGGUGGCGGCGCAUUUGGGACCAAGUCUACCGCGUAAAGCGACAUCUGGAAGAGGAAGGGUUGGUGCUUCCGCCUCAAGACUACACGGACCCUUUCUUUCAUGUUCCGGCUUUAGAGAACGGUCACGACACCUCGUGGCACUUCAAAGCCCUACUGAAGAGAUCAAGGUACACUGAUUUCGAUCAUCCCAUUAUGGAUGUCCAAGGGGGUUUCUGGGCAACAUAUCUUCCAAGGCUGUUGAGGAGAGAAGUCUGGGAACGAAUUACAGAAACUGCACCAGAACGUAUCAUUGUUGGACAUCAGGCUAUGCCAAAGCGAAUCUUCAAUCAAGCCUUGAUGGUAGUUUUGCACUUCACCCAAAGACGUUGCACUGUCACGUCUGACACGGUCAUUGUACCACGCUUCGAAUGGUCUGACCUAAUCGAAAUUUGGCACCAAACCUUUGCUCAAUUGAUAGCAGAUGGUGUGCCCCGUUCAGAGAUUCUUGUUGGGGGCGCCUGUCAGAUCGCACGGCUCCUGAAUGCACACAGACGUCGCCUUCGAGAUCCGUCCUACUCGAGUACCCUGCCUCCUUGGAAAUAUGACGAUUCAAAGAAGGCAUCCGAGAAGCCAGCCAAGUUACAGCCAAGAUUCGUUGAUGAGCAGUCCCUUGAGGGGCAUGACGAAUCGCACAAUAUUGAUAUCAGUGAAGAAACAGACGGUAUUUACCACUGGCCAUCCGAGCAAGACAGGUACGAGGCAGUAGGAGCAACUCAUCAAAUGGUGGCCCUUGCAGCCAAACACCGGCUGCGGGAGCCGACUGAAACCAUCAAGCUAAACACCACUCGGUCAGGGCCUUGUACGAUGGCCAAGCACACGCCUUCAACACUCCGAACUCUGACCAUGAUCAUGGCAGGGCACCACAGGAGCGUGUUUGACAAGUACUCUGAAAUCUAUGCAGGGGAUGAUACCUUUUGGGAGAUCAUUUUCGUGGAACUGGGCAAGAAAUGGCACAUCGAGACCCAGGCUCAGCUACAGCACCGCUUUGGGUGGGUGUUGAAACACCUCAGAUCCGGAGAGCUUCCUGAAGAAGCAAAAACUGCUUCUCAAAUCCUACAAGAGUGCUUAUCAAACAGCGUUCUAUCAAGUGAAAAGCAUCCGUACAACUACGAUGUCAAAACUUGGACUGGCGACCUUCUGAAUCCCGACCUGUCCUCUAAUUGGGUCAAGAAGCUUUUGGUCUUCAACGGCGUUUGGGAUACUCUAAAAGAUUGUGUUCAGGAACGUAUGGGGGGUUGCGGCAUCGUGGGAUUCUGCUUCAUGUAUGGCUUGUUGAUUCCACAUGUUUGGGAAGAGUCGAUGACCACACAGGGGCACAGGUAUCCAGCUCUUGAACAGAUACGCCAUGGUGAGACAAUGGCUUCUUCUAAGGACAGCGAGACUUCCGAGGCCCUCGAUGUCCACAACACUACCCUCUCAGAAAGCUCUGGGCCAUCGUCGCGUACAUCAGCUUCCCAGUCCAAGAGCUUGUCAUCCACCCUCCCGCUGUCUACAGUCCCAGGGGCGGUACGUCACAAGGCAACAACCUCUCCCAGAGGCGUCGGUCCUGCCAGGGUUAAUGAUAGACGCAGCCUCGCUCCGGAAACCUCUGUUCUAUCAUCAAGCUCGUUGACACUCCAAUCUACAGACUUGUCGCCUUCGCUUUCGCCGCCUCCAUCUCCGCCCCCAUAUCCGCCUUCCCAAGAGUUUCUCACGAACAAGAAAAGAUGGCAACCCGAUGAGGAUGACUAUGUCAAGUAUCUCAUGAGGCUCCCCAUCUCGAGAGAUGAGCAGUUAGAAAAGCUUCACCAAAGGUUCCAGUCAAAUCACCGCUCCAAAGCAGCACUUGCGAAGCGAAUAGAGAGGUUGCGGAAUGAUCCCGGGAAAUCGAUUACUGACAAGCCACAACUUGAAAGGAACAAGUGGUAUGAAGCAGCAGAGGAAGAAUAUCUGAGACAAUUGAUUGAGACCCAUCCUUGUAGCAGCUGGGAUGAAGUUGUCGCUAAGAUGGAACAAAGGUUCUCGAAAGGCCGAUCGAAAGCUGCAUAUCAGCUUCACGCAGCGAAGCUUGGUUUGAACACUUCGAGGAUCUCUAAUGUCUGGACUGCUGAACAUGAUGAAUGUUUGAGAAAUUUCAUCAGGAACGAAACUCCUCCAAAAAGGCACUCUGAUCUGAUAACAGAAAAGUUCGGUACCUACCGCAGUAGGGCAGCUUGCCACAGAAGACUCACGGAGUUAGGGUUUGUAGGAGGGUACGGGACAUGGACUGAGGAGGAGACAAAGUUCAUCGAAGAGAACCGUGAUCUUAAACCUCGGGAGUUGUGCGAAGAGUUUUGGGCGAGAUUUGGACAUGGGCGUUCAUCCGAUUCAAUCAAAAAUAAGAGAGUGGGAGUCCUCAACUCUAAGGGUCUCCAAUGGACUGCGGACCAGUUGCGAUUCUUUAGUGAGUGGCCUCAUUCUUCGACGACCGUGGUUGAAGCCUACCGCGAGCGAUUCAAGGAAGAUCCAAACGAUGAACACUCGACCUGCACGUAAAGAGAGCCAAAAGUUCCAGAUUUGCGUAUUGAACUGGCCGUGGUGCUGUCACAAUCGUCUGUGGCUCACACGAAAAGGAAUUAUGUAGUUGAUUCAGACAUUGAAGUAGCAAUAAGUUGCAGAUUAUUAUACUCUCUUUAACUCAGUAGUUUCCUAUGAAACCAUGAUGAAUGU